AUGCGGGCAUUCCAAACAGGACAUGAAGAGCUCAUCCACGACAUCAAGUACGAUCUCUACGGCCGCUACGUGGCCACCGCAUCGUCGGAUCAACACAUCAAGGUCUUCGAUUUGGACCCGGCAUCUUCGACGUGGGUGCUCAACGAUCUGUGGAAGGCACAUGACCUGCUGGUGGUGAAGCUUUCGUGGGCGCAUCCGGAGUUCUCGAGCGCGAAGCUUCUUGCGUCAUGCUCCUACGAUCGGACGGUGAAAUUGUGGCAGGAGCUUCCAGAUGAACUCCAUGGUCUGGGCCGUCGAUGGAUGAAACUCGCAACAUUGGCCGUCGAGCUGUACGGCCCCAUCUAUGACGUUCAAUUUGCGCCCGCCCACUUGGGGUUGAAACUUGCCUGUGUAGGUCUGGAUGGCAUUGUGCGUAUGUACGAACUGGUAGAGCCAGCAGACUUGUCCGUGUGGAGUCUAACGGCCGAGAUCCCCAUUUUGAGUCUGCAGCUUCCAGCGAAGAACUUGCAGAGCAGUUUCUGUAUAGAGUGGUGUCCCUCAAAGUUCGCCAAAUUCGAGAAGUUUGCAGUGAUAGCCUUGGACCAGGGGUUCAUUUACAGCACCGUGAAACGAGGCGCCCAAACACUAGAACCCGGAUUUCCCGGUGGUAGCACAGAUAUUCCUGGAAUGGACCUGGCAGCCGCUGACAACACAUAUCUGCUGGAUCAUCUGCCGCAGUCAGACGCUGGGUCAGCGAUCGGCGAAGCGCGCACAGAGUCUUCGCUGCAAACCUCUUACGUGAAAGUAUGCAAUCUCCCGGAACACAAUGGGCUCAUUAGAUCCAUUAGUUGGGCGCCUUCGAUGGGCAAGAGUUACCAUCUCAUAGCUACCGGAUGUAAGGAUGGACUCAUCCAGAUCUUCAAAGCGUACGAACAAGAGAAUGGUGAGUUGAAGAUUGAAACAGUGGCGCGCUUAAAUGACCACCGGCAAGAAGUAUGGCGCGUUGAGUGGAACUCGACCGGAACGAUUUUGAGCUCCGCGGGAGACGACGGGAAAGUGCGCUUGUGGAAGUGCACCUACAUGAACGAGUGGAAGUGUAUGAGCGUUAUCAACAGUAGCAAUCGUCUGGACGAUCGCAUUGUUGAUGGUGAGGAGUCUCGUGGUUUCUCGCAGAGGCCCUCUAUUACGAAAUCUACGAAGGGAUGA